AUAACUAGCAUAUCCAAUCAAGUAGGUAGGUUACUGAAUUCCGGGACAAUGAUUGAUUGAUAUCUUCAUCGUUGAUUUAGUCCUCAAAUUUUCUUUUUCUUUUUUCCCCCUUUUGUUUUCCUGCACUUGGUAGCAUAGCAGGCUUGAAAAUUCAAAAAACGAAGAAGGAGAUGCAUCUAUGGCCGUCGAUGCGGCUGAGGGACUCUUUCAAGGAGAAUUACUUGAAGAAAUUGGAAUGGAAUCUUCAUCGGAUGAACAUCGAAAAGCGGCAGCAGAAGCAGCAUCAGCGAAAUCAGUCUGAUUGCACUCAGCAGAAGCUUCUGGAAACCGACAAUAGUGAUUCGGAAGAUUCGGGGUGUGGAGGAAUUGGUGUGAUAUGCAGAGAAAUUCUCAUGAUUCUCUCCUGCUGUUACUGUUGUUUCUGCUGUGGAGCCUGUGUUGUUGAUGAAGAAAGCAGCAGAAAGUGAAACACAGAGGAACCUCAUAGUCCAGGAACAUGGACUUGUACAAAAUGGUAAAGGAACAUUGAAAUAAAACACAGUACAUUUAUUGCUAUGUAUGUAUAUGUGAUUGACCUUAUCUACCUGGUUAUUUCAAAAUCUGUUAGAUCUUUUCUUAA